CGGGCGGUUCUCAUUUGAAAUUUAAGCGGCCAUCUCUCUCUCUCUGCUCGGAAUCCAUGGCGGCCGAUUUCCAGAAGGAGCUUCUCUCUUCGCUGGUCUCCGACAUCAAAAACUACAGUGGCUCAGAUCCCCUUCGGCCAUGGCUUCACGGCGUUCGGAGGAUGAAAGAAUCGCUGCCUUCUCAUAUCCUCAAGGAGAAGCUCCCUCGAUUCCUCCAGAAAUGCGCCCAGACCUUCGAAUCCGACCGGAAAUACCGCAACGAUUCUCGGUACCUUCGCGUUUGGAUCGAACUGAUGGAUUACGUGGAUGAUGCAAAAGUGAUUUUGAGAAGGAUGGAGAGGAAUCAGAUCGGAUUGAAGCGAUCGAUGUUUUAUUCGGCCUAUGCUCUAUACUACGAGAAGCAGAAGAAGUUUGAAGAGGCGGAGAAGAUGUACCAUUUGGGGGUUCAAAACCUUGCAGAGCCAGUUGGUGAGUUACAGAAAUCUUAUGAAAAAUUUCUUCAUCGCUUGAUGCUGUACAAGAAACGGAAAGCUAAACUGCAGGAAGCUGUCACCAACAAAGGGAGACCAACUUCUAAAUAUAUUCAUCAAGGUAGUAAUAUUAGUGAACAAAAAGGGACUGAAGAAAUUAGGGAUUUGACUCCAAGCAACUAUCACAUGGUUAUUCCAGACAGAACAUCUCAGCAGUCUCUUUCCAACACUAACCCUGCAGAUCAUCACGAAUUAGUUGAGAACAUUAAUCUGAUGGAAGGAAGCUCCAAUUGUACAGGUUUUACAAAUUUUAAAGAUGAAUUCCCAGUGUCAACAAAUGUCAAAAGUAUCCCUGAGUACCAAGGAAAUACUGCAGAUUCGGAUCGGCAAACUCCAUUUUGUAGUGAUGAAACAGUUGUGGUGAAGUUUGUAGAUUCGGCUAUUGUUGGCAAGUCUUAUGCAGAAGAUGCCUGUCAUCAUGGUUUAGUGGAUCCCACAAUCAACAUGAAGGAAGCUAUGAAUGCCAUAAGCAGUAUGUUUCGGGAGCCCCUGGAACCAGAGCCAGUUGUUAAGAGAUCACAUCGAAGUACACCAAAAGUAAACCAGCAAAGCAGUGAAUUUGAGGUGUACAUUGAUGAAAGCUCCGAAGAUGGGCCAGACCUAUGUCAUCAGAACCCAAAACGUGACCAGAAUUGUGCUAAGAAACCACCCAACCUGCAGACUCGUAAGCAUCACAAACCCUUUAGUUCAGAUACAUCAAAAAAAUCAAUGAAGGCAGAGCUACAGAAACCAUUCUUUGGAGCAUUCAAAAUAUUGGCUGAUGAUGAUGAUGAUGAUGAUGAUGAAUGUGAUGAUAAAAAUGAUGAAGGGAACAAUAGGUAUUUGGAAGAGUCAGAGCAACCUGCUCUAUCUCUAAAUGCAUCGGUCUUCUUAAAUCCAGAUCGUCUAAAUUUUGGCAGUUGUGAUAAUCUCAAUAUGAUCAGCUCAGGACUAAAAGAAGACACGGUGAUUAGAAGAUUUGUUGGAUCAACUGUUCUUGGUGAACCUGAAGUAGAAAAUGCAUGCCACCAUGGUCUGGUUGAUCCCACUAUCAACCUGAAGGAGGCUAUGGACGAGAUUAACAGCAUGUUUGGAAAGCCAAUAAAUUUUGUCAGGGGUGAGAAACCGAAAAAGAAGCAAGGUAAUGUGUCAUUAAAUCAGAAACCAGCCAAUCAUGGCUUCUCUAUAUUGGCAGAUGAUGAUUUAGAAGAGUCAAAAGGAAAAGGUUCGACAAGCAUUUCCUCUAACUUUGGUAAGGAGUGUGAUUUAUUUGAGCCAACCAUUUUUACCAAGGAGGCUAUGGAUGAGAUAAAUGAAAUGUUCGGAAAACCAUUGGACUUCUAAGAUCAUAGAUGAAGAACAAGUAAUCUUAUCCUGUAAAAGAUUGCUGUGUGAUUGGUGGAGUUGCAUCAGUCUUUUUCCCCGCGACAAUCUUGUGUGAUGAAGAUUUCAUGAUAGUAGUUCCCAUAUUUGAUGAAAACUAUAAUGGUAUUCGAACAUCUUGAUGUUGUCAUGUCUGGUGCAUGGCCUUAUUGGAGGUCACCCAAGAAACCGAUGAAGCAUUAGAUAUUGAAGAUCUGAAAGAGAGAAGUGAUCAUUUAAGUGGCAUGCAGACCUCAGUCAUUGCAGACGCAAGAAAGAUGAAUGUCAGACAUGUUCAAAUUGGCCCCUUUGAAAGGACCAUAGACCCAGACUUCUGUUGAAAUUUUGAUAGUCUUUUUCUCUAAUCUGCUGCAAAACAAUUUUUUUGAGAAAAGUUGUAAAACUUUUUUACUUAAGCUUGCAUUGCAUCUUUAGUAUGACUGGAAUACUAGUGACUUGUUUGGAUGGA